UAAGUUUGACACUUGAAAAGAUUGGCCCGGAUGGCAGUUGUUUGCUGUUGCGUAUUUGACGUUGUUUUGUUUGUGCGGUUCUACUGGAUUUAAUAAUAUAAUAUGCCUGCGGAUCAAAUCCAGUAUUCUGAGAAGUACUUCGAUGCUGUCUUUGAGUACAGGCAUGUUAUUCUACCAGCAGAUUUGGCUCGUCAUGUUCCGAAAUCACAUCUAAUGACGGAAACCGAAUGGAGAAACUUAGGUGUUCAACAGAGUCCUGGAUGGGUUCAUUAUAUGAUGCACGCACCAGAACCACAUGUAUUAUUAUUUAGACGACCUAGAACUGACCUACCAGUCAAUCAAGAACCAAAUUAUCGUGCUGUGACCGCUUAAAAUUUAUUGUUUAUAUUGAAAACGUGUAGACUAAGAAAUAGAAAAUAUAUAUUGACUUAUAUUAGAAACGUACUUGUGAA